CAUUGUAAAUUACACGACAUCAACAAUGGCUCCGAGAAAGCGACAGGUGCAGGGUACGGACGCUGCAAAUGGAAAAUCAAGCCCCAUAAAGGGGGUUUCCAAGCACAAGCUUGUGCCAAAGUCAAGAUCUGGCGAUGAGGAUUCAUCAAAGAAAAAUGCCACAUCCGUUUGGUACAAGAUCGGGAUAGUUUUUCUUGCAUUUAUCAUCGGAUACACACACAGGAAUCACAUUGCCAACAUGUUUGAGAGAGAUCGUCAUUUUUCCCACCUGUCUACACUGGAAAGAGAGCUUGCAUUUAGGACUGAGAUGGGUCUAUACUACUCCUACUACAAAACCAUGAUAGAAUCACCGACAUUCCUUGAAGGUCUAGACCAAGUCAUGAGUGACAACAUAACAGAGUUUCCUCUAACCAUUAAUACAUUAAAAAGAUUCAACCUUUAUCCCGAGGUUGUGUUGGCAGUAGGUUUCAGGAUAUAUGAAGGAGUCAAUCGAGCGUUACAGCGCCCAACAAAAAUGUGCUGGAAUGUGAAUAGAGGUCAAGGUCUUAGUCCUGUGCAGAGUUGUGAAGGACUAGGGGAGCCUUCAUACUUCUAUGUUGAGCAUGUAUUUUUCCUGAAUGGUUUAAUGAUGUCUGCACUGUUUCUGUUUGGCACAUAUUUAAGUGGCAGCUUGUUUGGGGGUGUGCUAACAGUGGCGUCGUUUUUCUUUAACCAUGGAGAGGCAACUAGGGUACAAUGGACACCUCCUCUCAGGGAAAGUUUUGCCUACCCGUUCCUGGUAUUACAGAUGUUUCUAGUCACACAUCUUUUGAGAUCUCAGAAGUGUAGUUAUAUCCACAGUGUUUUCAUCGCCAUGUCAACUGUGAUGUUCAUGCUUCCAUGGCAGUUUGCUCAGUUUGCGUUGCUCACAGAGUUGAUUGCCGUGUUUGCCACGUACGUUCUCGGCUAUAUCGGAUCUCGCAAGAUGAAAGUCUUCCUCAUGGGUCUUUGGGGAGGAUUCCUAGUCAGCUAUGUCCUUCUGUUUGGUAACGCCAUGUUGCUGACCUCCUUCUUUUUCUCAGGAAUGUUUAUUAUUACAUUGAUAGUGCUACUUGAGCCUGCCAUCGAGGCCUUACGGAUCCCACCGCUCAUUUGGAUCGUCCAGGGAGGCAUGUUAGCAGUAGGAACACUUGGGAUAAAGUUUGCUGUUGCCAAGUUAUUCAACAUUGCUGAUGAUGCGCAUAUAGGUGACAUAUUCAGAAGCAAGUUUUCAGACUACAAGAACUUCCACACCAUGCUGUACACAUGUGCUGCCGAGUUUGACUUCAUGGAAGCAGAGACACCGUGGCGAGUCUUGAAGACCUUGCUUGCACCUGCAGUUAUCGUUGUUUUAGUAGUCGUUGUUUACAAUUUGCUUAGUGCAGAGUAUACAAGAUGGACAAAUAGAUCCGAGGCAGAUAUUUACAUCAGAAAACAGACUAACAGGAGUAAACCCAACGCUGAGAUUGUGUAUCACCUAUUCCAACUGGCAGCUUUCACCAUCAUGGCUGUCAUCAUAAUGAGAUUAAAACUCUUCUGGACGCCUCAUUUGUGCCUCAUGACUUCAUUAUUGGCAUCGAGACAGUUCUUUGGCUGGUUAGGAUCUCGGGAGCGACACUAUGCCAUGUUGGCCAUUCUGGUGGCUUGUAUGGGUAUUCAGGGAUACUCCAAUCUUCAGACCCAGUGGAAUAUCAGGGGCGAGUUCAGUAACGCCCCUCUCGAAGAGAUGGUUGAAUGGAUUAAAGCCAAAACCACGAAAAAUGCCGUAUUUGCCGGUCCCAUGCCGACCAUGGCUACAGUCAAACUGUGUACAAACAGACCAAUAGUGAACCACCCCCACUAUGAAGAUGCUGGCUUAAGAGAACGGACAAAGAAAGUUUACAUGAUGUACAGCCGUAAGCCCGUUUACGAGGUGAAGAAAACUAUUCAGGACAUGGGUGUGGACUAUGUAGUAUUGGAGGACUCAUGGUGUGUUCGCAGGUCAAGGCAAGGAUGCAGUAUGGCAGAAAUCUGGGACAUCGAAGAUGAAGCCAACCAGGGCCAAACCCCAGCAUGCGCUGUUCUCCGCGAUAAUCCUGAACCCCAUUUCAAGAAAGUGUUCCAAAAUAAUGUGUAUCAAAUCUUAAAAAUUACUUAAUUCUUCUUUCGAUAGAAAUGUGUUCUUUCUAAUCAAGUUAAAAGUAUUUAUAAUUGUGUAAAGAGCGAAACAGGUACAACUCCAUAUACAGAUAGACAGAGUUAUGGCUGUUUUGUUCUGAGCCUCGAGGCCAAUUUUUUCGAAACUGCUUGAGUCUAUUAUAACAUGAUACAGCUAAACUCUCUAUUUAUUUUUUAUAUAAUCUGUGAAAUUUUUACUAUUUUGAAAGAGUUUUUGAGUCUUGAAGUAAUCUAUCUGAUAAACUAAGUUUUAUUUAUCGAAAUCAGGAUUAUGUUAGAAAUUUUACUAAACAAAAUAAGCUUCUUAAAUCUUAAGGCUUAAGAAGUUUCGAGAAAUCAGGGCCUGGUUCUGUGUUAAAUCAAUGUUCCGUCUUACAAAUUCACAUGAGGAGUGGGUAAUCAUAUACAUAUAUGUACUAUUUGAUUGUUCAAUACAGUAUGCAAUUCCUUAAUUAAUGUUCAGUGGUGUUUUUUUGAGAAUUCAGAUGUUCUUUGAAGCAAUUAUUUUCAAAAACAUAGUCAUUACUAUAUGCCAUAAUGCUACAUUUACACACUGAAGCUUGGAACUGUAUCUUGCUGCAAAUGUACUUGCAGCUUUGUGACAGUAAUUUUGCAGUUGUAUUCAUUUAAUUUAAUCAAAUAUCGAUGGCCUCACUUCCAAUGGUGAAAGCUACAAAAUCCAAUGUUUGCGGUAGCAACGUUCUUAGUAUUUAAUAUUGGUGAUUUGAUAACACUUUUCUUUCACAAAAUGCCACAAAAAAUAUUUUAGUUACACUUUCCGAAGGUUCAGCAUUUUUUCUUCUCUGUGAGAUGUUCAAUAAUUGCUCGACAUUUUGAUCACAUGAUACAACACCGUCUUCUCAUUGGACUAUUGAAUCGACAUUUUGCAGUUAGAUACUCAUUACUGCUAUGCAUGUAAAAUUGCCAUAUAUAUUUAACAUCCUUUAAGGCCUGAUAAAGAAAUGGUUUUGUUUUCACUGCCAAAAACAAAGGUCGGUAGGUCAUGAGUAUAUUUUAGGUAAAAUUGUGUUUGAAUGUCACUUUUAUUUUUGAAACUGUUGCUAUUUUGACUUGUCAUUGUAAACUUAAACAUUCUAUGACAACAAUUACUUUAACUUCUUGGUUUUACAAGAAACUCCAAAAAAAAAGAAUAACCUGAAACGAGAAAAAAUUCACUGCAGCAAAAAUAAAAAGCAGUACCUGGUAUUUUAUUUUUUGUGAUGGUUCUUUAUCAUUUUUUGCUGGAUUCUUGUUCAUAAGGAAGUGUGAACAUCGGUGAUCUUGUACAUGUUUCUAAUAUUUUUUUUCGGAUCUGGUAUUUUCUGCUGAUUUGUUUAUAUCUCAAUAUCUUUAAAGCUUAUAUUUUAUGUAUUUACAUACAUAUUUUUAAGUGUAGGACUCUUUAAUUCUGAAUCUCUCCCCACCUUUAUUCUUGAUAAUUGUUCUUCCAUUAAUGUAUAAAGGAACAGCUCAACCGCAUCAACCAUAAAUGGGUCUCAUAAUAAAUGUUUUAAUUAUCGCUUUUUAGCCUUAUAUUAAAGUAAUAUCAUAAAAAGAAUCAUAAUCUACCUUUGAAGUAUCAUGAACCCAUAAUACAUGUUGGGUGAGAGUGGUCUAGUGGCACCCGUGAGUACGCCUUUCUUGUACUUUCUUCUUGCCUCUGAAGAUGUACUGGUUAUGACCCAGGAAACUUUUCAAGCUAAAAGAAAGUGGUAUAAAUAAAUGUUGCAUUGUGGGCGUUGCAUUUCCAAUUUUGGUCACAAGACACUGGCGCCUUAUUCAUUGCUCACGUUAUAUAUACUGGAAGACCUAUGUCAGCUUGAUGCUGUUUAGUAGGAAAUAACAAUUGUUUCUAAAAACACAAUACAUGCACAUGUACAUUGAAGAGUUUUGUUCUUUAGCUAGAAGAAAAUUGCUCCAUUUCUUGCAUUUAGAUUUGGGUGUCCACAAGUUAUUGUAUAAUUCUUGGAAUUUACUUAAGUUUUAAGAAUUUCAAUUUUGGUGUUGAGGAUUGUGUCAAACCUGUGGUAUUAUGUAGUAAUAAAAUAUUAUCCCAUUUUUAAUUCUUAUGUCAAAAUUAUGUAUAACUUGUAGUUUUUAAUGAAUAUAUUGACAGCUAAGAGUUUGAUUGUUUGGAAAUUAUAUAACUAUAGUCUAUUGUUUACGUACAAGAAAUCCAUGACACAAAACACAGUCUCCCUGUAUAGAAGCAUAAUUGUAGUUUAUGAAGAAACUAUUUUUUAUUAAUUUUUAUUUUAAACACAUUGCGUUGCAAAAACUAAGUAUUAUGUAUUACAUCUGAACAUUCCUAUUAUUACCUAAUAUUUGAAGACAUUAGUUUUUACAUUGUAUUUACAAAUAAUAAAUUAUUCAUUUUUAGUGGAGAUACCUGGGUGUACUUGGACAUUUUGAUUAGUCUUUAAGUAAGAUAGUGUCUAUGUUUGUUACUAUUAUGACAAGCAUUUCAUAAAGACCCGAUAAGUUUACAGCACAGGCAGAAAUCAGUAUUCACGUUAAUAGUUAUAAACAUCAUAAGUUUUACAUAAGAAUAAUUAGGUUUCAUUUAGUAACAAAAACAACUGCCAAAUUUCCUUUAAAUGAUUAAUUGGUUUUAUUAAGUGAGCUACGUAAAAGCUGCUGCUUGAGCAUUAAUUUAAAGGCAUUUCCUGCUGAACAUUAAGAAAGUUAGCAUUUAUAUUUUGGUAUUUUAAACAAUAAGUUGGCGCCAGUCUGUGGCUGACCUUCUGAUAUAAUUGCUUUAAAGACUUAAAAUAAACACUAAUUAUUACUUUGUUGUAUAGAUAUUUGACAUUAUUUUACUGUAGAUUGCUCUAAUUUCAUGGGAUUUACUUUUUGCUAACAUUUGGGAUAUUAUCACAGCUUUGCUGAUAGAUGAAUAACCUUUUAUACGUAUGACUCAUGUUAUCAUCUGUUGUCGUGAAGGCUGAACCUCUUCAAGUCUUGUAAAAGGUCAAAGCAAAAACUUGGACAUCGCAUACGGUAUUGAAAGCUGUCUACACUAUCAUGCGUUGUCACACAUAGAAUGUAUCUUCAGUUAGGUGUGGUGUAUCAUAAUCAACUGGUCACUUUUUUAUUUUGAUAAUCAACUUCAGUCUAGUUCAAUCAAAAUAUGUUUUGUUAUAUCAUUUAAGUUUUCUAGUCAAUGAUACCAGAAUUCAUUUGGUAUUUGUUAAGUGUAACAUAUCUGUUGAUUGAGCAUGUUAUUUGUUGUUGAUGUUUGAUUAAUUCCACUGUAUGUUAUUGUCUACACUUUUUAAAGGAAGCAAUCUUGCCACAAGUAUUAUACUUCCUAGAUAAUUAUUUUACACUUAAAGCUGCACUCUCACAGAUUUACCAUUUUUACAACUUUUUUAAUUUUUGUCAUGGAAGAAGCAAAUUUUUGCGUAAAUAUCUGCAAACCAAUGCAAAAGAUUGCUGACAAAAGUAUCAGAUCGCAGAUUUGCAUAUUUUCCGUUCGAAAAUUAAUGUUUUAUGGCUUAAACCGUUACUAACAGUUCUAGAAAAAUGCAUAAAACAUUAUUUUUUUAGCUUAAAUAUAAAAAUCUGCGAUCUAAUUUUUUGUCAGCAGUCUUAUAUCACUGGUUUCCAUGGAUUUCCGCAAAAAAUGGCUUGUUACAAAACAAAAAAUAAAAAAGUUGUCAAAACGUCCAAUCUGUGAGAGUGCAGCUUUAAAUCCUAGCUCUUUGUUAAAUUUAUAUGAUACCUGAUACCAAUUUCUCGAAGAACCUUGAGUCCUUAUAUUGUAACGAAAUCAAGCUAAGCAUGUUAUUUUUGUUUUUGUAUCAUUUGUGUUAUAUUUACAUUCCUAACAGUUUUUUAACUUUAUAAGGAAAUUUUCUUCAUGGUUAUCAUGACAAACUAAUUUUUAUUUAGUUAAAUCAAGAUUUAGUAAUUAAUUCGGCUUAAUGAAAUAAGCUUGUUAGGCUUAAGAACUUUCGAGAAAUUGGGACGAGUUCUCUAUCAGUUUGUUGUUGUAUUUUUAAACAAAAAGAUGGGCACUAUAGUCAUCAGACUGUUUUGAUUGGUUGUAUUAGUUUGAUGGCUUACUUCUAUGCUGUCAUCAUGUUUCCUUUUAUAAAAGGCUUAGCUAUUUAUGAUUUAUGAUUGGUUGUAAUAACUUCCUUUUAAGACAAUGUUUUUGCUUUAAUUGUAUGCAUGUAUUUAGAAAUGCUUAAAGCAUGAUAUAUCUGUAUCAGCUUUUGUGAAAAACCAGAAAAAAAAAUCUAAUCACGAAAAUACUUCUUAAUUCAUAUGUUUUUUGAAGUCAAAAUUUUGAAAUUGUUGAUAUUGAAUUUCUGGUAGAUUUUUUUUUAUAAUUUUAUGACUGGUACCGUAGUAUGGCAGCAUGUGUUUAAAUGAACUAGCUUUCAAAAAUGAAUUUGCUCAUAAAAUGAAAUAUGCAACUAUUUUUUGUUUCAACUUCAGUGAAAAAUAAAUUGGUACAUACCAUUGUA